AUGAAAGAGGCUGAAGCUGCUGAACGUGCAGGGUCUAUAAUGACUUGCCAAGCUAUCAUUCGGAGCGCAAUUGGGAUUGGUGUGGAGGAGGAAGAUAGGAAGAGGACAUGGGUUUCUGAUGCAGAGGACUUCAUGAAAAAAGGUUCCAUUGAAACAGCCCGAGCAAUUUAUGCGCAUGCACUUACUGUCUUUUUAACCAAGAAGAGCAUAUGGAGGAAAGCGGCUCAGCUUGAAAAGAGCCAUGGUACUAGGGAAUCUCUUGUUGCUUUGCUUCGUAAAGCGGUGACGUAUUGCCCACGGGCUGAAAACUUGUGGCUUUUUGGUGCUAAGGAGAAGUGGCUUGCAGGGGACGUGCCUGCUGCCCGUGCAAUCCUCCAAGAAGCUUAUGCUGCCAUUCCCAACUCUCAAGAAAUUUGGCUUGCUGCGUUUAAACUUGAGUUUGAGAAUCACGAAUCCGAGAGAGCUAAGAUGCUUCUUGCCAAAGCCCGAGAAAUGGGAGGUAACGAAAGAGUAUGGAUGAAAUCUGCAAUUGUUGAGAGGGAAUUAGGGAACAUUGAUGAGGAGAGGAAGUUUCUUGUUGAAGGCUUGAAGCGCUUCCCUUCAUUCUUUAAAUUGUGGUUAAUGCUUGGACAGCUAGGGGAACGGCUUGAUCAUUUGGAAAAAGCCAAAAAGGCCUAUCACUCAGGUCUGAAGCACUGCCCCAAUUCUCUACAACUCUGGCUUUCUCUCGCUAAUCUAGAGGAGAAAAUGAUUGGGCUGAGUAAAGCUCGCGCAGUUCUCACAAUUGCCAGGAAGAAGAACCCUCAGAACCCUGAACUGUGGCUUGCUUCUGUUCGAGCUGAAUUGAGGCAUGGCAAGAAGAAGGAAUCUGAUAUUUUGAUGGCAAAGGCUUUGCAGGAGUGUCCCAAUAGUGGUAUCUUGUGGGCAGCAGCUCUCGAGAUGGUAGCUCGUCCCCAACGGAAGGCAAAGAGUAAAGAUGCCCUUGAGAAAUGUCAUCAUGAUCCCCAUGUUGUUGCUGCUGUGGCCAAGUUAUUAUGGCAUGACAGGAAGUUGGACAAAGCUAGGAAUUGGCUCAACAUGGCAGUAAUGCUUGCCCCCGAUAUUGGGGAUUUUUGGGCUUUAUACUACAAAUUUGAACUUCAGCAUGGUACUGAGGAGAACCAAAAGGAUGUAUUGAACAGAUGCGUUGCUGCAGGGCCAAAGCAUGGAGAAAAAUGGCAACCUAUUUCAAAGGCCGUGGAGAACUCCCAUCAACCAAUUGAAGCUAUCUUGAAGAAAGUUGUGGCGGCAGCGGAAAAUAAUAAACAGUAG